GCCCUGGUGACAGGGGCAGGGAAAGGGAUUGGGCGUGACACUGUGAAGGCCCUGCACGCCUCAGGAGCCAAAGUGGUGGCCGUGACUCGUACCAACUCAGACCUGGUCAGCCUUGCCAAAGAGUGUCCCGGGAUAGAGCCUGUGUGUGUAGACCUGGGUGACUGGGAGGCCACAGAGAAGGCGCUGGGUGGUAUCGGCUCUGUGGACUUGCUGGUGAACAAUGCAGCCCUGGUUAUAAGGCAGCCCUUCCUGGAAAUUACCAAAGAAGCCUUUGACAGAUCCUUCAGUGUAAAUCUUCGCUCCGUGUUCCAGAUAUCCCAGAUGGUAGCCAGGGACAUGAUUAACCGUGGAGUGGCAGGAUCCAUUGUCAACAUCUCCAGCAUGGUGGCCCAUGUCACCUAUCCUGACUUGACUACCUAUAGCUCCACCAAAGGCGCAAUGACUAUGCUGACCAAAGCCAUGGCCAUGGAACUGGGGCCAUACAAGAUCCGGGUAAACUCCGUAAACCCCACUGUGGUGCUGACUGACAUGGGCAAGAAAGUCACUGAAGAUGCUGAGUUUGCCAGGAAGCUCAAGGAGCGCCACCCUCUGAGGAAGUUUGCAGAGGUUGAGGACGUCGUCAACAGCAUCCUCUUCCUGCUCAGCAACCAUAGUGCCUCCACCACUGGCUCUGGCAUCCUGGUAGAUGCUGGCUACCUGGCCUCCUAGUCUGCCCAGACCUCUGAGUAGCCUUCCUAGCCCCACCCUCAAGCCAAAGCAUCUACUGAUCUCGUGACCCUGCCCUCAUGCCACAGCCACGCCCACUACGCAGUUCCCGUCUCCACUCCCGUGUUACUGUCUGAUCCCACAACCACUCCAGACCCCAGACCUUGGAGUCCUGUUCAUUUUGUCCGCUUUAUUGGGCUCAUUUGCCUGAAUAAAUGGGCCACCAUGUUACCUUAA